GUCAAAUGCCCCCCUGUGUGGCUGAACAAGGGAAGAGGAAAAAAUAAGGAAGACGCGGCCGUGUUUAGAAGCUCACAGUCAAAAAUGAUUUCGCCCUUGCAUGGAACCGUUGCCCUUGUAGGGAUGAUACUAGUAAUAGUUGGCUAUGCAGCUAUUCAUCUCUCUGACAUAGACAAUUACAUAUACAGGCAUUCUGGUGCAGAGAUUUUAUCUUUCCAUCAUCUGGAGAAGUCCGAAGUGUUUUUAGGGCUUCCGGAAAUGCAAUCAGCCAAGUUUGAAUUCAAGAUAUAUUCGCAUAAUGUCCGGGUGGACACGAGGAACCGGUUUCCUCAUGAGAAGAAGUGGAGGGAUCGAUUACAUGAAGUGGUGAGAAGCAUUGAAGAAUGUGGCAAAGAAGAGGAAGACGGACACGAAGUACCGACACUUGUAGGACUUCAAGAAUUAAAGCAUCAUCAACUCAAUGAUAUCUUGAAAGGGUUGAACCAUGAGUCUUAUGAUGAAUCACCCUGGACCCAUUAUGGGGUGGGGAGAGAUGAUGGAGAUACCAAGGGUGAAUAUACUCCAAUUCUUUACAAUAGAAAUGUAUGGACUCUUGUAAACGGAACCACAAAAUGGCUUUCUGAGCACCCGGAUGUGCCGGAAAGAUCUUGGGGUGCUGCCACGAAAAGAGUAAUAACUUUUACAACGUUUCAAAACGUUCUCUCAGGAAAUUAUAUAAACUACAUCAACACACAUCUCGACCAUAAGAGUAUCGAGGCCAAGAAAAGAUCUGCGGAUCUUAUAAUUGAAUGGAUCAAAUCUAUUCCAAAUGAAUAUCCCACGUUUCUCAGUGGAGAUUUCAAUUCCGAGCAAAGUGAGGUUGCAUACCAAACGAUAGCUCACACCAUGCAGGAUGCGUUUUUGGUUGCACUGUCAAAACAAAAGGAUAACCACGUUGAAGACCCCACAACGUACACGGGCUGGGAGCCGGAAAGUGUGCAUACUGUGAUUGACUUCCUCUGGUACUAUAGUGGGUAUAACAGCAGUUUUGUUGAAGUUGAGAGCUUCACGAUAUUACCUAAUGAGAACAAUGGGGUUAGAUUUUCCGAUCAUAAACCACUUGAAGCGACGUAUAUGAUAGAAAUUGUAUGA